AUGGCGGCAGUCCGAUGGAGCAGGACCGUUACUAUUGCCCCUUUUACCUUCUCUUACACGGACGAUGUCCGUGGAAUCGCCCGUCCUCCACCAAGUCUCUCCGGUAGUAGGAGGCAUGCCAAUAUCCGAAAACGGACAUCAGGAGGUCCUAUGCAUGCAAUGGAUUUCUGGGCCCUUUUGAACAGGAGACCCGAUUGCAUGAAUCCCUGCAGUAACGAGAUCCGAUGGUCUUACUCUGUCGACCACUCUUCUUCAGGGAAUGGAGGGCUUGUCAGCACGGUGCCAGGCCCUGUCGCCGGGAACGUCAAACACUUCCACCGAUCAAGCGGGAGCAGAGGGAUAUCAACUUGGCGAAAGAAGAAGCGGUGGGAUCGAAGAAAGAAGCAGAGGGGCAAAGUUGUGGAAAUAGGGGCAAUCGAAUCUCACUCGCACCGUUUAACUCCUAUUUCCACAAAGCACUAA